GAUGCCUUCUGCGAAUGUGUGGUGAACUUGAGAGAUUUAUGUGAGGUUAAAUACACAAUUGUAGGUGAUAUAUGUGUCAAUUUUGAUGUUUAUAGUCGUGCAACAGAUAUAAUUCAUAAAUACCUUUGAUGGACUUAAUUUGUCAAAAUUUUUGAUCAAUUACUUUUUGGUCACAAGUUUUUUUUUUCGUAAUCAAAUGGUGAUUAUUCGAGCAUACGUAAGGUUAUGUUUAGUAAAAGGGUAACAUCGUUUGUUUUUCAAAACAAUGUAAUCACUUCAAUUUUUCCAUUUAAAAUAAUUACGUGAAUUUUGAGUUAGUCGAGCAUACAUGUUAGCAAGUUUUUUGCUAUGAAGAAUUUUUUUGUUGGUUUGUAAUUCAAACUAAAGCUAAAAUAUGAAAAGAUACCGGCGAAUCAACCAUGUUCCUGAAAUUUUUCUGGACAAGUGAUGCUUUAAAAAAAAGGACUCAAAAUAUUUGUUGUGAUGACGUUAAGAGUAAAAUUAAAAUUCAAAGACUAGAAAAAUUACAUCAUGAUCAAGAUAAUCCGAGAUGGUAGUACGAUUUUAAAACAUCACGCAACAGUCCAAUAGAAAAAGGAAUUCGAAUGAAAAUAAGGAAAGUAAAAAUUAUGCAAUCAUGGAGGACAAAGCUGCUGGUGAUGUAAAAAUCAAUGGUAUUGAGCAAAAUAGUAGGGUAUCUUCGAAAGAAUUCAUAGAUGAAAAAAAUAAUUGUGAACUCUUGGGAACACCGGGUAAUUCAAAUUACUGGUGGCCCAGCGAAGUUGAAGAGAAGCUUGGAUCAAGGCAAAGAUGGAGUUUUGGCUCAGACAUAUCAGUAGAGGCAGUGGAGAACAUUCAAAGUAGAUUGUGCUGUUCUCCAGUUGAUGAGUUUGAUUCAACUGUUAGCAGUGAGACUGAAGACUUGAUAGUGAAUAACACGGAUGAAGGGUCUGAGGCUUACAAACCCUGUGUUCAGAUAUCUCCAGCUUGUUCACCAACUAUUAAAAAUGCCAUUUGCAACAUCACUGAUAAAAGGCUGAGGAAACCCCAUGAGGUUUAUACAGAUGAUGACGAGUUGGUUGAUUACUCAAAAAGAUACACUACAGAUAAUUUUGCACUAUUGGUUGACAACAAGUCCAUCGAUCUGCGUGCUCAGCAACAGCAGCAACAGAGGAGGAUGGGAAUGAACAAUAUUAACAGACCUGUGUCGCAAAAGAAAUCAGUAAGUACCAGAUCCAAGGGAGGUUAUAAUUUUGGUGAUUACGCGGAAACGGAUUUGGAUCAGCCUACCGAUUAUAGCUUACGCUAUGCCGAAGAAGAUAUGUACGAAGAAGACGAAGAGGAUUCUCGAUUUUACUGUUCUGAUCAACCGGAAGAAGACGUAGUGAGAACGUAUUACACUGAAGGGACGCCUUCUAAUUUUUCAACCGCCACAUCCGUGUCUGAUCUCCUAACACUCGAGAGCCCUAGAGAGGGCGACGAAGCAGCUUACAAACACCAGCAGUUCUUACAAGAUCAAAAAGAAAAUGUCCACGAAAAGUCUGAAAAAGCUGCAAAAGACUGUAAAAAUAGGAUUCGACAAAAAUUCGCGUCCAAUGCUGCAAAAAUUCCAGCACUGGAGGAACCGCCACGAGAAGUAGGUAAUCAUCAACUUGUCCACAGAAAACUAGAAAAAACGUGCACCCCACCGCAGUCACCAGCUGAAGUUUGCGACAGAAGUAAUAAAGAAGGCAAAGCUGUGUCUUUCAUCGUCGAGGAAAAUAAUUACGCCCAGGAAACGCCUCUAAUGUUCUCGCGCAGCAGUUCUUUGGAUUCGCUUAGCGAGUUCGAGCAGGAAUCGAUACAAGAUGAUCGCAGUUCCAUCGUCAGUGACUUUAGCCACAGAACAAGCGGUGCCGUGUCACCAAGUGAUUUGCCAGACUCGCCCACGCAGACGGUACCGCCGAGUCCUCGUCGAUUAGAGCGACAAAGUUUCUCCGGUUUGCAGCAACAAGAGCAGCCUCAUCUACAACGAUUGGCACAGCCUCGUAGAAUUGAAAGGGCAAAUGUUCCGAGCUUGCAGCCACCACCACCACAUCAGCAGCGACAGUUACAGCAUCAAUCUCGGCUUCAGGCUCAACCAUUGCCACCGACUCAAUCUCAGCUUCAGCCAAGAGCGCUAAUCGGGCCUGUAUCGAGAAAUCCAUCAGGAAUAAAGCAAACGCCCAACAACGAUCACAUGCCUGUACAAGAGCAGCACCAACAUUCACAGAGUGAUAUGCGUGUUCCGUUAUUGCAACGCUCACCAGCUCAAGAAAAUCAAAUACCACUGCAAUUGAACAAUCGCAUAGUUCUCAUGCAACGUCCCCAACCCGAAGGGCAAGCAUCUCUGGCACGACGUCCCCAAAACGACAGUUCUGUGCCACAACAUCUAAAAGCCAAUACCCGCAUGCCAGUUGUGCAGCGUCAGCAGACUGAAAAUCGCGAUCCAGUAAUGAUGCAGCGGCCUCAGAUGGUCAGGACGGCCAGUCCAGUUGUGCAACAUCAGCCCUUACCUCGAGAGCCACAAUUACCUCGCCAUAUUCUAGAGCGCUGCAUUAGCGUUUUCGAGGACAAUCUUGUGAGGUUUAAGGACGAGUCGACGCAGAGUAAAUUUUCAACCGCAGGUAGUUGCUUGAGUUCCCUGACUAUCGACGACGAAGAUGACAAUGUCAGCAUUGACAAUCGAGAGAUCAUCAAUAGGAUCGCGGCUAUUAGGGUGAGAUCGAGUGCCGCAGGUAUGCACCAGGCACCGUGCAUGCAGAGACAGUUUGACAAUAAAAGUGCGGACAAGGUGGACGAUCGACAGCCCCAGCUGAACGUUUUAAAUCGACAUCCGGGUCACAUGAAUGAGGGCUCACAUCCAUCGCCCAGCAAAGAAGAGCUGCAGCACUACGUUAACGUGGAAAACGAGAGUUACGAUUAUACAACCUGCUACUUGAACAAGGAAGUGAACGACAACCGCCACCGAGAUUCUUCAAAUGAGAUGUGGUACCACGAGAACGACUUGAAAAACGAAGCAAAUAAUCAUAGACCCAGCGCCAAAAGCCCAAUCUGGAAGCACAACGGCAACGACGACAUUAUUUACCAUCUGCAGAAAGUCCAUAAAGUCCCUGAGAUCGUGUUUGUCGACACUGUGCAUACGUAUUACACCGAGGAUACGCCAGUCUUCGUAUCGCCUUACGGCUCUGAGUCGAAUCUCUCUGGGUUGUCAUCGCUGAGUAUAUCUGACGAUGAUUUCGGCUACGACUUCAUCAGAGAUGAGCGAUCUCUAAGAUCGCCCCGUGUCGAGGAGGCCGAGCGCUCCAACAGUCGAGCCGACAGCUACGGGUCAGAAGAGGACUCGAGCGAGUCCGAGGACGAGGACAAAAAUUCGUCCGUGGUGGCGCGACGGCGUAUCGACGUGUCGCCCUUUGAAUCGCAAAUGAAUCUCAACUUCUCUCUGCUUUGCAUCGAAGAGGAGGACGAAGAGGCGGCAGAGCGAGAGACGGAGGCUGAAGAGAGAACAAAUAAUGAGACUGACAAAUCGUAUAGGGAAGAGUCGGCUGCGAGCGACGAUUACUACAGGCGGCUGAGCCGGAACUCCGACUGCUCGGAUGACGACGACGAGGAAGAGCGCCAGGUGCUUGAGCAGUGCAUCAAGUCAGGCGUGUCGAAGGUCACGCGGCGUUCUCUCGAGCCCAGGCCCAUUCCAUGACCCGUGCCGGUUACUGCUGUUAUCGAUUAAGGGCGCGCAUAAAAUGGAUUGUUCCUUUCUACGUCGAUCGA